AUGCAUACGAAAAGAGCUUUAUGUCAAUCCUAUAUGUACUGUUUGGACUGGUUAUAUGCUGAAUCUUGUAAUACAUCCUUUUUUUUUGGGCCUAUCCUGGAGCUGUCUAUGAUUGUCCGUGAUGUCCUCACUGUGGCAAGCUACAAGGUUCCUAAUCCGCAAACUCCCGCAAAGAUGUCGCGUAACUACGCCUCACUCGCAGACCAAAGCAUAUUUCUUGCGUUUUCAGAUCUCCCUGGAGACUAUACCUGUCCUCAAAUUGGCGGCGGUAGAUACGGAUGUCUACUCCUUGAGAUUGUCAGCAUCGAACGGUUCACGCGACUUGUACUGAGAACGUUCGAUAGGGCCGACUUGCCUGUCACCGUGGCCUUCUACACGGAGGAUCGAGGCAGGUCCAUUGAGAAUGAUCCAAAGUUGAAGCCCGGAAAUACUAUGGCUAUUUUGUUUCCUAGACGCCAUCUUUUUCUCGAUGGUACUGUGGGUGUACGACAAGAGCACUAUGGGUAUUCUAAGUUACUCCCUGGGAAGUUGAAUAUACUCUUUCAACUGAGCGACGAGAUGAGAAGUUGGCCGGCCAAGUUUGCCACGCACAAGAUCUGUCAUGGUUGUGGGGAGAAGGAUAAGCCACUCCUGAGAUGUGCGAAGUGUGGUGUGGUUGUGUAUUGUGAUAAGAUGAGGGUUAAGUUUGCCGCUAUGACUGUCGGUGAUCUUAACCUCACCGUUAUCCCAGCCACCUGUGGAGCCACAAAAGGCACCGUGCCGACUGCGGAUAGACCGCGGAUAAGCGGGGGGGUAUUGCCGCCCCCAGACCGAGGUUAG